UGAGUGGGGUCUGAAGUGGGGAGUUGGUCUGGUCUCUCGACGGCUGCUGCGCUGCCACCAAACAUUAAAAAAUGGUAAAUAGUCUGUGGGCAAAACAAAGGCCGUCGUGGAACAUUUGCUAGAAUUUUUCCACCCGCGCGGACGUGCACCCUCGACCUGAGCAUCUCGGACGCUUGACUGUCCGGGCUCGAUUGACUCGAUUCAUACGGAGGCCAUGAACCGUCGAGAGUGAAGGAUCGAAAGGAGAAGAGGCGAGCUGCGUGUGUGUGUGGGCGGCGAGACAAAGAGGAAGAAGCAAAAAUUGCUGGCCUGGUGACAUCACCGCGCGGUCCACUCCACGGCCGUCCUCAAUUUAGGCUAUCACCAUGUUGUUGGCCCUUUUCCUGACCUUCCUACUGGCCGGGCCUCUGGUCGCCGAGGUCGAGCAGUCUGUUCCACUAGAGGUGAAGAAAUGCUGUGACAUCGGCUCGAUCAUGCGGGCGACGCCGAGUCACGCUGCCCAGUGCAUGCCGGACAACGAGACGUCGCAGUGGGCGCCGGUGUUCAGCUCCGAGGACGGUCUGCGCAACAACAUCCACCCGCGGGGCGGCUUCAACGUGCAGGCGCCGUCGCUGCCGCUGUGCAACUCGACAAGAGUGUGGCCCAUCUUUCACUACGCCGACUCGCCGGACAGACUUGUCCUGCUCGAGAGUGGCUGGCUGCGCCACUACAUUGACAAAGACCCUGGCGAGCGGCACUACGACUACGAGCCGCGCCUCUUCUGCAUGGAGAAGUACAUCGGCGAGACAGGUCUGGAGGCGCAGAUGGCUGUUGUCUGCACUCCGAAGAUUGAAGUCGAGACAGAGGUGCGCACCAUGAUUCUGUACAUGCUGAACCCAAUCUUCCAUGGCAUCAACAUGAUCCUGCUGCUGAUUACGUCCAUCAUCUACUUCAUCCUGCCGCAGUUGAGAGACCUGCUCGGCAACUUCAUCACCAGUCUGUCUAUUAGCCUCAUUGUGGUCUAUGCUGCUGACCUGGUCAGGCUUUACAGAGGUUUCAGCGAGCACGUCAGCUUUCUUGCUGCCGACAUUAUCCUCCACAUCGGACUUCUCUCGACAUUUUUCUGGCUCAACAGCAUGGGAUAUUACAUCUGGAAAACUUUCAGGUCGAGAAAUGUGUUUUUGAGAGUGACAGACAAGAGGAAGUACUGCUACUACUCUUUCUACGUUUGGGGCUGCACACUGUCGAUGGCCGCCAUCGCCCUGUUCUGCCACUUUGUCCUUGAUCUGAGCAACACAGACAUUCCCAUUUCGCAGAGAAAAUUGGGUUUUCUUGGACUUUCAAUGUUCUUCCUUCCGAUUGCAUUCAUCAUCCUAGUCAACGUAUUCUUUUACGUAACCACUGCCCAAGCCAUAGCGCGAAUGACAACCUAUGGUCGCAUUCAAAAUAAAAUGAAAUACAACUUCAACAUGUUCAUCCUGCUAUUUGCAAUCCUGACCAUCACCUGGCUUUGCAAGUUGAUGAGCCAGCUCGAGUACGACACCCUGCUCUACAUCGACGUGUUUGCCAUGUUGGCCCAAGGAGUGCUGGUCUUCACGGUGUGUGUCUGCCAGCCGAGGGUGAUGUACCUGCUGCGCAAGCACUUUGGCUCCCCGUCGUGCAUUUUCCCCUGCUGCCGUCCACCCUCAGAACCGGCCAGCAACUUCGACGUCACUUGGGGCGAGGAAAUGAUGAGCAUGCACCCCAUGUGAAGGAGGACACUCGAGUCUCAGAAGUCAUCAAGCUGUUGAAUAACUUAUUUUUUGAAAAUUUAUGCAUAUGCACAGACUGCAGCUGGUUGAAUAAUACUCGGCACAAAUUGCAAAAAACCUUAUUGAAUCUUGUCGAAUUUGACAAUAUAAUGUAUGAAUUUAUCAUGUAAGACUUGAACUACGUGGCCUUAAAAUAUUUUAUGGACUUUUACUUCGUUUCAGGAGAAAAUUUUAGUACUUAUAUCUACACUUUUUGACCAAGGCAGCUUAAUUUUUGGCGAUAUAUUUUUUGUACCUAUAAAUUGCUAACUGGGGUUUCCGAUCAAAGGAAGAAAUCCAACGUUAACAGAAACGAUGAGCAACUUUAUACUUAAAUGGCACGUUAGCUUGUUAAUAAUUAACAUAUUUUGGGUCAAAUGAUUAUUAAACAAGAUCUUUAGUUUGUGCAGCUGUUGGAAUAAAGGCUUGAAUGAAUGAUUUUAAUGUA